AUGGACCAUCUUCCGCCUCCAGUCCAGGGCCCGACUGCCAAGGAGAAGAAAUAUGACCGUCAACUGCGCCUCUGGGGAGCUACCGGCCAAAUCGCACUCGAGAAGUCGCAUAUCCUGCUCAUCAACUCCGGCCCAGGCGUUGUUGGCGUAGAGACGCUCAAGAACCUCGUCCUUCCCUGCAUCGGCAACUUCACCAUCCAGGAUUCCGCCAUUGUGAGCCAAGCGGAUCUAGGCGUCAACUUCUUCCUACAAGACCAGCACCUGGGAGGGUACCGUGCAGAACACACGUGCAAUCUCCUCAAGGAACUCAACCCAGAUGUAGAUGGCCAUUUCAUCACAGAGCCCAUAGAGUCAUGGCUUGCCAAACCUGACGCUCUACGGCCGUAUACCCUCGUCCUCGCGACUGCACCUGUCCGUCCUGAGAUCCUCGCUAAGCUCUCCGACCACGCAAGCGCCGCGCUUAUCCCGCUGUUCUACGUCCACUCGGUCGGCUUCUACGCCCACUUCUCCGUACACCUGCCUCCUGCCUUCCCCAUCGUAGACACACAUCCCAGUCCCGAGACCACAUCAGAUCUCCGGCUAUUAAGACCAUGGCCAGAGCUUGUACAGUACGCCCAAGAGAAAACGGCCGACUUGGACAACAUGAAGCCAGAAGAUCACGGACAUGUCCCAUGGAUAGCACUACUGCUGCAUUUCCUUGAGCGUUGGAAGAAAGACCACGGCGGCCAAGUACCCCAGACAUACAAGGACAAGACCGAGUUCAGAACGUCCGUAGCGCAAGCCGCACACACCAACAACCCAGAAGGUGGCGAGGAGAACUUUGACGAAGCAGUGGCGGCCGUUCUCAAGUCGCUGAACCCACCGCAAGCGAGCAGUUCUGUCAAAGAGAUUUUCACGGCGCCAGAGUGUCUUCUGAUCCGUGACGACUCCCCAAGUUUCUGGGUCAUUGCCAACGCUAUCGGUCUAUUCUAUACCAAAUACAACGUCCUCCCAGUUCCUGGUUCUGUACCCGAUAUGAAGGCGCGCUCAGCAGACUACAUUCAGCUGCAGAAUGUGUACAAGGCAAAAGCACGAAAGGAUCUGGCAGAGGUGGUAGAUAGUGUCCGCUUCCUGGAGCGUAAUGCUAACCGGAGCACGCAAAUAGACGAGAAGGACAUUGAGACAUUCUGCAAAAAUGCAGCACACAUCAAACUAGUGCGCGGGCGGCCAUUCCAUGUCGUACAGGCAGGUGAAAAGAUCAAGUGGGGUGACCGUGCCAAGUCAAUCGCCCAAACGCUCACAUUCCCUGACUCACAGAUCCCGCUUUAUAUUGCUUUCUUAGCUUGGGAUGAGUUUGUUGCGACACACGAUCAAGAUGGCUCAGGAGGAGCACCUCGCGUUGCUGGCGAGACCGACCCCGAGACAGACUCAGAGAAGCUCACAGGAAUAGCCUUGAAGAUUGCGAACGAUCUCAUCAAAGAAGCAAAUGCGUCUAUCGAGGAAGAAGAGUUCGACACGAUCAAGUCACAGAUUGGAGAAUAUGCACAGGAGCUUGUGCGAGCAGGUGGCGCCGAGUUACACAACAUCGGUGCCUUGAUCGGUGGGAUCGUUUCACAGGAGAUCAUCAAGGUCAUUACAGAACAACCCAUGGACUCUUCCUUCGAUCUCCCCGACUCCACCGAUUGGAUCAAGACUUCCCUACCCGCGUUCGAACCGCUCGAGGCUGCGUUGCGCUGCGAAGUCUGCAAGGAAUUCUACAACAACCCUGUCAUCACGUCGUGCAGUCAUACCUUCUGUUCAAUAUGUAUACGAAGAUGCAUUGCGGCGGACGGGAAGUGUCCGAGCUGCAAGACUGGAUGUUCCAGCGACAAACUGGCGCCCAACAUUGCCGUCAGAGAAGUGGUGAUGCGGUUCCAGGAGGCGAGACCAAAGGCUAUGGAGUUGGCGCGUGCAGACAAAGAAGGAGGGACUGCAGCAGCUAGUAAAAAGAAGAGGAAACUAGACGAUACGGAUAUGGAAGAUGGGGACAACGUCAGGCAUACACGGUCGCGACAAACACGAACGAGAAGCCAGCGCAACAACGACAGGAGUGAAUCGCCAAUGGUCGUCGCUGAUAGCGAGGAUGGUGGCGAUGAGGAUUUCAUGCCAGACGGCAUGGCAAGGUGCCCAAUGUGCAACAAAGCGAUGAAGGCGGAGCUGGUCUACAACCAUCUGGACGUAUGCACCGGGCCUGAAGCUUCGCAGGGACGCAGUACCCGGUCAAGGACUAAAAGCGCCUUUCCACCUGCCUUCCAAAUCCGGAAGAAGGACCCUUCGCCUCCGCCUAUGAGAUUGUCACAGCUCAACUACGCUAUGUUGAAGGAGACUGCGCUGCGCAAAAAGCUCCAGGAAAUCGGCAUACCUACCUGGGGUACGAAAGACUUGAUGAAGAGACGACACAUUGAAUGGCUGAACAUCUACAACUCGAAUUGCGACGCUGAUGAGAGCGUGAGGAAGAGCAAGAAGCAGCUUUUGAGAGAGUUGGAUGAGUGGGAGCAAACACUUGGUGGGAAAGCGGGUACCAAAGAGAGCAAAAUAAUGAAGAAGGAUUUCGACGGCAAUGGGUAUGCGAAGUCACACAAAACCGAAUUUGACGACCUAAUAGCGCGAGCACGGCAGAAGCGAGGCACCCCCAAGACAGACAGUGAGGAGCCUUCUGAGCGAAACACGCCUGCAAAAGAGCGGAACACCGAAUCGCAUGUUUGCCAUGGGGAACCAGUCAACAGUAUCGAAACCUCUAACCAUGGAUCAUCGUCGAACCAUGUUCCCUCGGAUAUACAAGCAUCGCCAUCCAAUAGCGGCAACCCUUGCGAAAACAACGAACUAGUGCUUGAUAGGAUAAGAGCGAAAGUUGAAGAAGCCAAAAUCACAUCCGCCGAAGUACCUGUCUUGACGUCUGAGCAGUCGAUAGAGAGCGGGGGAAGGCGUGGCUCAGCGACUAUGGACGGCAUACAGAAUUCUUUAGGAAGUCCAAAUCGCAACAUGCCCAUGGUCGCGCUUCCAGAAGAACCAGUCCGAGAUGUGGAGGGAGGCACAGCUGUGCAAUAUUUGGAUGAGCCAGGGAGUGUGGUGUCAGAAGACGAUGUGCCUGUUGGUAGGAAGGAGAACCAACGAGCGAGGCUUAGUCCUUUGAUAGAGGGCCCAAGCCCUGCUGGAGAACGUCCGAGGUCUGAUGAGGAGCGUCCGAUAACCCCUCUACUUCCUCCGACUCCAACUAGACAGGACGCUGCUCACGUCAACUUCUCCCGCCCCAACCCAGUCAGAAUCCGAGACGCGCUCGCUGAGUAUCAACCCCACCGUCUUAGUCCCCUCGACGAGUCCACAGCCUUGCAUCCACGACGUUACCCAGGAGAACGCGAAGGCCAUCCCGCCUACUCACCACAGCCAUCCUACGGCUCCAUUUCCUCUCGGGUCACAUACAGCGGUGAAGACGAAGAUCCGUCUCUAAGCACAGCGCAGCUUAUCUCUGUACAGAGGGUGACACCCGAGGACACGGGACGAGACGAGGAGGCUAUUGCAAACAGGCAGCUUGAGCCUCUCUUCGCGAGAACACCGCCGUUUGAGACACCAGAAGAGGAGACGAUGCAUUUCUAUAGACAGCUGCGGCAGAGGGCCAACAAGCAAACCGCAUGGGAACGAAGACAUCCUUAUCGACAUAGGAUGAGAAGAGCAUGGCGCAAGGUCAAGGAUUUCUUUAAUUUUUGA